UUUCUAAGAGAGGGAGAGAGAGAGAGCAGAAAUCAGAGAGGAACAUGGAGGUUGUUGACCUUCGCUGAGGCUCAAGAGUGAUCGAUCAGAUUCAUAUAUCAUAUAAAGGAAGAAAGAGAGAAAGACAGAAAAAGAGAGAGAGAAUGAAGAGAAAGUAAAACAAAGCAAAACAGAGAAACAAUAAGAAAAAAUUUCAAUUAUAAAUCGAUGGGUUGGAGGAAUGCGUUAGAGGAAGCUCGGAAUUGGAAACCAGUAUUCGUGGCAAUCUACGGCAGCCUCGUUAUUGGGAUUCUCGUCUCCUCUUUCUACGUCUUCUCCGCCAUUUACUCUCCCAAUUCUUCUCCUUUCCUUUCCUCUUUCUCUUCUCUCUCUCAUGAAGCAGCAAAUCAUUCAGAACCAACAAAAACGACAGUUAAUACAGUUAAAACAGUUGGCACUCCAAUGCCAAUGCCCGAGAAACCAACCUUAGGAGGGGUUGGGGUCAGACCCAUUUGGGAAGCUCCCUCUAGAACCAAGAAAAUGCCGCCAUUGAAGAGUUUUCGAUUGACAAAGGAACUUGUUCAGCAAAGGGUCAAAGAUAAUGUCGUUAUUGUUACCUUUGGGAACUAUGCCUUCAUGGAUUUCAUUCUCACCUGGGUUAAGCACUUGACAGAUCUCAACCUUUCUAACAUUCUUGUUGGUGCUAUGGACACCAAACUUUUAGAGGCUUUGUAUUGGAAAGGGAUUCCUGUGUUUGACAUGGGGAGCCAUAUGAGCACAAUAGAUGUUGGAUGGGGCUCACCAACAUUUCAUAAGAUGGGCAGAGAGAAAGUUAUUUUGAUAGACGCAAUCCUUCCUUAUGGUUUUGAGUUGUUGAUGUGUGAUACAGACAUGGUUUGGUUAAAGAACCCACUUCCUUAUCUCGCUCGUUAUCCCGGGGCAGAUGUCUUGACUUCCAGUGAUAGUGUUGUACCAACAGUUUCUGAUGACAGUCUGGACAAUUGGCAACAAGUUGGUGCUGCCUACAAUAUAGGAAUUUUCCAUUGGCGGCCAACAGAUUCUGCAAAGAAAUUGGCGAAGGAAUGGAAAGAAAUACUUCUGGCGGACGAUAAGAUUUGGGAUCAGAAUGGUUUUAACGACCUUGUGCGCAGGCAGUUAGGACCAUCAGUUGAUAAGGAAAGUGGACUUGUGUAUUCUUAUGAUGGAAAUCUCAAGCUUGGAAUUUUACCAGCAAGCAUAUUCUGUAGUGGGCAUACAUAUUUUGUCCAGGCCAUGUAUCAGCAACUCAGACUGGAGCCCUAUGCCGUGCACACGACAUUUCAGUAUGCAGGUACGGACGGAAAGCGCCACAGACUGCGGGAAGGCAUGUUCUUCUUUGAUCCGCCAGAGUAUUAUGACGCACCAGGAGGUUUCUUGUCAUUCAAGCCAUCUAUUCCUAAGAGCUUGUUACUUGAGGGGCAGCAUAGUAUUGAGUCCCACUUUGCUCUUGUUAAUUAUCAAAUGAGACAAAUACGGACAGCACUUGCGAUUGCUUCUGUUUUGAAUCGCACCCUGGUCAUGCCUCCAUUAUGGUGUAGGUUGGAUCGGCUUUGGUUCUCACACCCCGGAGUUCUGGAGGGAUCUAUGACUAGACAACCUUUCAUUUGCCCUUUGGACCAUGUAUUUGAGGUAAAUAUGAUGCUCAAAGAACUGCCUGAGGAAUACGGUCCUGGGAUCAAUAUUAGAGAAUACUCUUUCUUUGACAAUCCAUUAAUGCCCCAACAGGUGAAAGAUUCAUGGCUUGAGGUUCAUCUUUGUGAAGAAGGAGCCGAAGAUUGUCACGCAUCAAAUGACACAAGUCGACCAGGUGUACUCAGAUUCCCGAAGCACAGCAAUGAAGAAACGUUGAAGACAAUAUUCUCAUCGUUCAAGGAUGUCAAAGUUAUUCAAUUCUCUUCAAUGCAUGCCUUCAUGGGUUUCACGGACAAGACAAGGGAAGAGAAAUUUAGGAGACGCAUGAAGCGAUAUGUCGGCAUAUGGUGUUGUGUGAUGGAUCACACACCGGGUCACAUAUAUUAUGACAUGUAUUGGGAUGAAAAACCAGAUUGGAAGCCGAUACCGCCUCAAAAACCCGAGGAUGAUCACCCACCUUUGUGAGUUUUAAGCUCAACCCACAUUGUCAAAAGUCCAUUAAUAGUAGAGGAAUAUUCACAGAAAGAAAUAUCCCUUGAAAGGUUUGCUUUUCAGACCUCCAAGAGGGUCCAUACGUCUUUGUACAUGGAAGAGAGCGUAUCCCUAAUUCGAGGAUCUACUUUGUAGUGUUGACGUAAAGAAUUUCUUGUAUAACAAUAUUUAUUCCGCACUCUUUGGUAUUAACAUUUUAAAAGCUCAAAUAAAACAAGAUGGAAGCUAAAGAU